AUGGCGGCGAUAGCGUCAAACCUGCCGGUGGGUAUGCGGGGGGAGGUGAACGAGCUGCGGCUGCAUAUGCGGGAUCCACAGUUUGAGAAGAAUCCCGUUCACAGGCGUGAUGUUCUUCGCAAAGUGAUUGCUCUCAUGACGAUGGGCGUAGACACGUCAAGUCUCUUCAGCGAGAUGAUACUGGCAUGCUGUACGACGGACAUUGUUUGCAAGAAGCUCAUCUACUUCUACCUCAUCAGUCGCUCGGAGAACAACGCGGAGCUGGCACUGAUGAGCAUCAACACCCUGACAAAGGAGUGCGCGGACGAAAGCCCGCUGGUGCGGGGCCUCGCCCUGCGUUCGUUAGCGUCGUUGCGUCUGCCGCAACUGUUUGUUUUUUUGAUCCCUGUUGUAAACAAGGGGUUCUCAGAUGUUUCGCCCCACGUCCGCAAAACGGCAUGCCUCUGUGCAUUGAAGGUGUUUCGCAUCUCCCCCGUUGAGUUUCAUAAGCAGGGGUUUUUCGACCGGAUGCUUGGGAUGCUGCGCGACGGCGAUUCGCUGGUGUCGUGCAACGCCCUUGCCGUUCUCGUGGAGGUCUCGCGGGAGGCGGAGGCAAACGGAACGGUGGAGGGCCUUUUUGACGUCACGAAGCCUAUUUUGUAUCACUUGUUGAACAAACUGCGAGGUGUGCCGGAGUGGCACCAGGCGCAGAUCAUCAAUCUUGUGCUCCGCUACACCCCUGGAAGCGAGGAGGAGAUGUUUGACAUUAUGAACCUUCUCGAGGAACGGCUGCAGAGCCACAACAGCGAUUUGAUUCUCAGCGUAUGCAAGGUGUUUUUUCACCUGACGCAGAAUUACCCCGCGGUGCACCGCCAAGUCUUUGAACGACUCAAGCUUCCGCUGCUUUCCCUCAUAUCCUCAGGCUCCAACUCGGAAGUUUCCUACGUGGUGUUGUGCCACAUUAAACUGCUCGUGCAGCGUGAACCACGCGUGUUUCAGGACGCAUACAAGUCCUUUUAUUGCCUGUACAUUGACCCUACCUAUAUGAAGGCGGUGAAGAUUGACAUACUGUCUAUGCUGGCGACGGAAGCGUCAUCCACGGCCAUCGUUGAGGAGUUUGCGGCGUACGCGUCGGAACGUGACAAGGCUGUGAGGUGUGCGGCGAUUGAGGCAAUGGGGCAGGUGGCAUUGCGCCUCCCUUGCACUGCGCAGAAGGUGCUGCAGUACUUUUUGCUCUUUCUUGAGAUGGACUCCGAUCACGCCCGUGGAAAGAGCCUUGUUGUGAUGAAGGACUAUCUGCGCAAGUACCGCGACAUCGCCGUCGUGCGUCCGUUUCUCGACGCACUUGUGCGCGUCUAUCAUGAGAUGAACUUUGCGGAUGAAGAGAGCCGAGUGGCGCUUGUGUGGGUGCUUGGAGAACUCGGUGAGCACAUUGAGGAUGCCCCCUACAUUUUAGAAGGAAUGUGCAAUGAAAAUUUACUUGCCGAAACGCCGGCGUUUCGUCUUCAGUUUCUUACCUCCGCCGUGACGCUAUUCUUCAAGCGACCCCCCGAGAUGCAGCAUGUGCUUGGAACAAUGUUCAAACUGCUCAUUAAUGAUUUCUCUCACGCGGACGUGCACGACCAGGCGUUGCUGUACCAUCGGCUGCUCCGGCAGAACCUGGUGGCGGCAAACAAAAUUAUCUCCGGCCCAAAGGCGGAGAUCAAAUACUUUGUGGAGGAGCAGAACGCGGCGCUGCGCGACAAGCUGCUGGAGGAGUUUGACACCCUCUCGGUUGUGUAUCAACAGCCGAGUGACAGUUUCUUAAAGCUGCCCAGGGCAGAAAGCGACGCUGAAGAUGACGACGACGACGACGAGGAGGAAGCGCAGGACGAGGAGGAACACCUGAUGGGUGAGGUGGUGACGGCGGCCGCCUCCGCCAGCGGCCACGCGCAGGAGACGACCGGAAAUGCGGCUGGAUGGCAGGGUGCGUCUCUUGGUAUUCUGGAGAGCGGCUUUGAGCUGUCGGAGGAUCCGAGCAUCGAGCCACAAGAAUUUCAACGUCGUUGGGGUGCGUUGGGUGAGGCGGCGACGUGCGCGUUGCAGCUGCAGCUUCGGCAAGCGCCGGAGCGUGAGAGGUUUGAGGAGGGUCUGGAGGAGUGUGGCAUCAUCACCUUGGCCUCUGGCGCUCAGGCAGGCGCGCAGAAGUACUACUUGUACGCGCAGGAGGAGGGAAACGACGCCACGUACUUUCUUCUUGAACUCUUUUUGCACAACUCCGGUGCUGUGAAUAUUACAGUUAAAUCCGAUAAUCCCCACAUGUCGCGGUUCCUGCCGCUUCUUCAGAGGAUCAUGGGGCAGUUCUGA